AUGAGCGCCGAGAAGGGGCGCGAUAUGGCGGUGUCGCGGGCGGAGAUGGAGCGUUUGUCUAAGGAGCAGCUAGUGGAGGAGGUGCUGAGGCUGUCCGCCCUCGUGGAGGAGCGCGAGAGGCACCAGAAGCAGGAAGUGGAUUUCCAGCGUGAUCUACUCAAGUCUGUGGGACAAUCCAUCAUAGUCACGGAUCUAGAAGGCCACAUCACUUAUUGGAACCGAGCGGCGACGGAGAUCUACGGGUGGGAGCCGGAGGAGGUGCUGGGGCGGCUGGUGUUCGAGGUGCUGGCGCUACCCGCGGAGGACAUGGGCGAGUGCGGCAUUCAGAUCUUCGCCGCUCUUUCGCGCGGAGACAAGUGGUCGGGCGAGUGGUCCGUGCGCACCAAGGCAGGGGACGUCAUUGAAAUCAUGGUGGUGGACACGCCAGUGAUGGACGAGGCGAAUCAGCUGGUGGGGGUGAUAGGGGUGAGCACGGACAUCAGCGAGCUCAAGCGCAAGGAGGCCGAGAUCCUGCGCCUGAACGCGGAGCUGGAGCAGCGCGUGGCGGAGCGCACGCAGCAGCUGCAGGAGAGCAACCGGCUGCUGCAGGAGGAGGUGCAGGAGCACCUGCGCGCACGCGAGCACCUGCACCGCGUCGCACGGGACAUGGAAGCAUCGCGGUCCAAGAUACUGGAGCAGGCGAACCGGCUGGAGAAGCUCGUGGUGGACCUCCGAGCCGCCCGCCUCGAGGCCGAGUCCGCCAGCCGCCUCAAGAGCCAGUUCCUCGUCAGUGCCUGCCCGUCGCCCCCCCCCCCUCUCUCCUUUCUUUCCGCCCUCACCCCCCUCACCAUCCGUAUCGCCCUGCAUGACACCCUCUACUCCACCUUCCUCCACACUCUCAUCCCCUCCGCCCUACUCAAUUCCUCUCUCCCUUCCCCUCCCCCACCCUCUCCCUUCCUCACUCCCCCCCCCCACCCCGCCCGCUUCCCCUCCGCCUCCUCCCUCACUCCCUCCCUCCUCUCCCCCCUUCCCCCCCGCACCAGGCGUGCAUGA